AGAAGGGGUUCAGAGGCGGGAGGUAGGGCCGGCCAGAGAGCGAACGGAACGGGAGGCGAGGAGCAGCGGGGGGGGCACCCACCCCUUACUUGCCCACCCCACCCCACCCACCCCGCGUCCUCCCCGGCGGCGAUGUCCAACGUGCACCUUUCCGGCGCCGCCGCCGCCGCCCUGGAGCGUCUCUCCGCCCGACGAGCCCUGGCUGGGAACGGCCGCAGCCCCGUUUGCAGGAGCCUCUUCGGACCGGUGGACCACGAGGAGCUGGGCCGGGAGCUGCGGAACCGCCUGCGGGAGAUGGGGGAGGACGACCAACGCCGCUGGGACUACAACUUCCACACCGACACGCCGCUGCCGGGGCCCGGUCGUCUGCGUUGGGAGGAGGUGGAGGGCGGCGCCGUCCCCGCUUUCUACCGGGAGACGCUGCAGGUGGGGCGGCACCGCGUCCCGCUCCUCCGGGCGCCCCCUUCCCCGCCGCCGCCCCCUGCAGCCAAGGGGCCGGGCGGACGCCUCAGCCGGGAGAACCGCGCCGCUCCCCGCCGCCGCAGCAUGCGGCCCCGCCGGAGGGGCCCGACGGCCCGCAUCACAGAUUUCUUCGUGAGGAGGAAAAGGCCGGCGGAGCCUAAGGCGGCAGCGGAGCGUCCCGCCGCCUGCCCGCCGUCCCCUGCCGCCGUGCCUGCUGAGCAGACCCCCCGCAAGCGGCUUCGAUGAGCCAGAUUUUUGCACUACGGCACCCACGGGAAAGCCGCACCGCCCCUGGAGGCAGAGCGCCCCGGAGGCGUGGAGGGCCGGGGCGGGCGACAGAGCGAGCCGAGACCCCCUGACGUCCACCGGGACUGGGAGCCGGAACGGAGCCGGAGCGCUUGCCCGCUGGCCGCGAACGGAGCAGUGUUAACGUACAACUGUGCAAUGUAUUACGUUUUAUAUAGAAAUGUAUUAUGCCUAAUGUGAGUACACUGGCCAGAAGUGUAAAGCUUUAAAAGUCAUUUAUAUGGAAUGUUUAAUCUCUGCUGAGCUCUCAGUGCAAAAAAAAAAAAAAAAAAAAAAAGGAAAAAAGGAAAAG